GGAGGGAGGGGGGGGGCUGGCAGGAGCUGCUAUGCCCGCCAUCUUGGAGCGGCGGUGAUGGUGGCGAGCGGAGCCCUGCCCGCCUGAGCGGAGCCAGCCGGGGCCGUGAGGCGGCGGGACGCGCCUCGCCGAGGAAGAAAUCUGCUUCAUCUAAUUCAAUCCUAAUUCAGUCCUGCUAAUCUGCUAAUACUGUAGAUUGAAAGAUUUUUGCUGUUGCCAGGAUAUCCUGUAAUGGGCACGGAGCCUGAGAGAGUACAAAUUCUGUUUUUUUAACUCUUUAAAAGCUUUUGUUUAACAGGGAGCUUGUUUUAAAGUGUUUUGAUUUUGUGCCAGGAAGUGUAUCAGCUGCCCAGCCUCCAAUUCUUUGAAGAGUUUCAAAGCAAAUGUGUUCAUGAACUGACAUAUUAGGACCUGGGCUCCUGUUGAAAAGUGAUGGAGUAAUCUCUGGCCGGCACCUGACAUGUUGAGGGAGCACCCCCUAAAAGAGCUUGCCUGGGAGACAAUUUGCGAAAUUACGCAGUAACAUGUUUGCAGUAACCAGCAUGUUUUGGAAAUUUGAUCUCCAUUCGUCAUCCCACAUAGAUACACUUCUAGAGAGAGAAGAUGUAACACUGAAGGAAUUGAUGGAUGAAGAGGACGUCCUGCAAGAGUGCAAGGCUCAGAAUCGCAAACUUAUAGAGUUUCUGUUGAAGUCAGAAUGUUUGGAAGACUUAGUUUCCUUUAUUAUCGAAGAACCGCCUCAAGACAUGGAUGAAAAAAUUCGAUACAAAUAUCCAAACAUAUCCUGUGAGCUGCUUACUUCAGAUGUCUCACAGAUCAACGAUAGGCUGGGAGAAGAAGAAUCCUUACUUAUGAAACUGUACAGCUUCCUCUUAAAUGAAUCUCCUCUAAACCCUUUACUUGCCAGUUUCUUCAGCAAGGUGCUAAGUAUUCUUAUAAGCAGAAAACCAGAACAGAUUGUGGAUUUUUUAAAGAAGAAACAUGAUUUUGUAGACCUCGUUAUUAAGCACAUAGGGACCUCUGCUAUCAUGGACUUGUUGCUCAGGCUACUGACUUGCAUAGAACCACCACAGCCCAGGCAAGAAGUGUUAAAUUGGCUAAAUGAGGAGAAAAUUAUCCAGCGGCUGGUGGAAAUUGUACAUCCAUCUCAAGAUGAAGAUAGACAUUCAAAUGCAUCACAGUCACUCUGUGAAAUUAUUCGUCUAAGCAGAGACCAGAUGUUACAAAUACAAAACAGUUCAGAACCAGAUCCACUGCUUGCAAGUCUAGAGAAGCGAGAAAUCAUAGAGCAGCUGCUGUCAAAUAUUUUUCAUAAAGAAAAAAAUGAAUCUGCAAUAGUCAGUGCAAUCCAAAUAUUACUGACCUUACUUGAGACAAGACGACAGACAUUUGAAGGCCAUAUAGAGAUCUGUCCUCCAGGCAUGAGCAAUUCAACAUAUUCUGUCAAUAAAAGUGUUUUAGAAGCCAUAAAAUCACGACUUUCAUCCUUCCAUGAACUCCUACUUGAGCCUCCAAAAAAAAGUGUCAUGAAGACAACCUGGGGUGUAUUGGAUCCACCUGUGGGGAACACACGUUUAAAUGUGAUUAGAUUAAUAUCUAGCCUUUUACAGACAAAUAUGAGCAGUGUGAAUCAGGAACUUAUAGAGCUUAACAGCAUAGGAGUUAUACUGGACAUGUUCUUUAAGUAUACGUGGAAUAACUUUUUGCAUACUCAAGUAGAAAUCUGUAUUGCAUUGAUUCUUGCAAGUCCUCUUGAAAGCACAGAAAAUGGCACAAUUACAGAUCAGGAUUCCACUGGGGACAAUCUUUUACUGAAACAUCUCUUCCAUAAGUGCCAAUUAAUAGAACGAAUACUUGAAGCAUGGGAGAUGAAUGAGAAGAAACAGGCUGAAGGAGGAAGACGGCAUGGUUAUAUGGGUCAUCUGACAAGGAUAGCAAACUGUAUCGUGCACAGUACAGAUAAGGGGCCUAACAGUACGCUAGUCCAACAGCUUAUUAAAGAGCUUCCAGAGGAGGUCAGAGAGCGAUGGGAGACAUUCUGCACAAGCUCUUUAGGAGAAACUAAUAAAAGGAAUACAGUGGACCUGGUUACUACCUGCCACAUUCAUUCUUCCAGUGAUGAUGAAAUUGACUUUAAAGAAACUGGCUUCUCACAGGAUUCAUCUUUGCAGCAGGCCUUUUCUGAUUAUCAGAUGCAACAAAUGACGUCCAAUUUUAUUGACCAGUUUGGCUUCAACGAUGAGAAGUUUGCUGAUCAAGAUGACAUCGGCAAUGUUUCUUUUGAUCGUGUCUCAGACAUCAACUUUACCCUCAAUACAAACGAAAGUGGCAAUAUAGCAUUGUUUGAGGCAUGCUGUAAGGAGAGGAUACAGCAGUUUGAUGAUGGUGGCUCUGAUGAAGAAGACAUCUGGGAAGAAAAACAUAUUGCAUUUACGCCAGAGUCCCAGAGGCGUUCCAGUUCGGGCAGUACAGACAGUGAAGAAAGUACUGACUCUGAAGAAGAGGAUGGAACAAAACAAGAUUUGUUUGAAUCGCAUACCAAUACUGAGGACAAAAUGGAAGUAGACUUAAAUGAACCACCAAAUUGGUCAGCUAACUUCGAUGUACCCAUGGAGACUGCACAUGGCACCAAUCUGGAUUCCGUUGGGUCUGAUGUGUGGAGUACAGAAGAACCCAUGCCAGCAAAAGAAACUGGCUGGGCUUCUUUUUCAGAGUUCACGUCCUCUUUGAGCUCAAAAGAUUCCUUAAGAAGCAAUUCUCCUGUGGAAAUGGAAACAAAUGCAGAGCCAAUGGAUCCCUUGAGUGCAAAUGCAACUGGUCUUGCAACACAGCUAGAGACCCCAGGAAGUGUUGCUAUGGAGGCCAGCUCAGAUGGAGAGGAUGAUGUAGAAAACACAGACAAGGUAACUGAAACAGUAAUGAACGGCAGCAUGAAGGAGACACUGAGCCUUACUGUAGAUGCUAAAACUGAAACGGCUGUUUUCAAAAGAGUGUUGAAAUCCUAUCGUGAGGAAGGAAAAUUGUCUACCUCGCAGGAUGCUUCAUGUAAAUAUGUGGUAGAGGAGAAUGCAGAGGUUGUGGAAGAAGCUACUUCAGCUUUGCAGCCCACUAACAGCAGUCCAGAACAGAGGACUGAUCAACGUACCCUUUUAGGAGAGACGUCUGUUAAUGGCCCUGUAUGAUACGUGAUGUCUACUGCCUUGGCUGAAGAAAUGAACUGAUACCCAGGUGUUUGAGCAUUUCUUGAGGAUUUCAUCUAGAGCCUGUUGAAGCCAGUCACUGCUGCACUAAUUUCGCAAGGGAUCAGGACCAGCAACAUUUAUAUUCUAGAUUUUAAGACAUUGUACAGAAAUUCAUAAGUGUAAAAAUAUUGCACAUUGAGAAAUACCAAUAAUUUUUGCGUAUGUUUAUAUUGUAUUGUUCUAAAUAAUGGGUGGCCUGUGAAAUAAGAUCCUGCUACCCAUGUAAUGAUGACAGUAGUGUUACUAUAGUUAAAAAUGGCUGUAAGAAUAGUUUUAUAAAAAAAAAAAGUGAAUACACAAAUCUAAUGUAUUUGAGACAUAACUAUUUGACGAUUAGUGUGACCAAAGUAUUUAGCAGUUUUUCAUACAUUUUUCACCUUGUAAAAAGAAAAAGGAAAAAAAACAAAACCAAAAAAAAAAAUAAAACAAUUCAUGUUUCUUCCAGGUUGGCGAAGAAUUGUAGAACUGAAAUGCCCUAUAAAUGUUAUUUUGGUUGUUUUAGCUUACGAAAGUGAUUUAAAUGAGAAUUUUUGGUGUUCAACAUUUUACAACAGGUUUUUUAAUUGGUAAUUGUUUUCUGUAUUGUUUAAAACAGAUCAAAAAUGUAAGUCUAUUGGUAGAGAUUUUAAGUAUUUAUUGCUACAACUUAGUUGACAAAUUGAUGUUACUGUAAAGCCAUAUGUUCUGUUAAGUCUUGUUUGCUUGAAACAAUACCUUACAGGUGAAACACUAGAAUAUUUGAAGUGCACAUGGCUUGUUGUGUUUAAGUGGUUCACCUGCCUUUUAACCCAUUCACCAAGAUUUACUUUAAUACCAAGCAUUAUACAAUGGAACAUUUCAGAACAAUCUGCGUAUUUAAAACGCUAUAAUCCUCUUAGACAAGUCAAGUAAAUGAAAUGCCCGUGCUGCUAAUGUAAUUACAGUACAUGCAUUUUAAAAGUAUAUAGUGUUCUUUUAAUACAAAUUUUGGCAGCAGAGCAUGUUAAUUGUUACUUUCACUGUACUGAUCUGUGUGAGGCUUUCAUUUGUAUGUUCUAAACCAGUUUUUUUCACAGCUGGUUUGUGUAUAUAUAUAUAGUGAUUAUGGAAACUAAUUCUGUGUAAUUUAUAAUUUUCUAUGUCAUUGUACAAUUCCAACAGCCUUCUCAAACAAACAGAAGCAAUAUACUGUAUAUUGCCACAUUGUCUGGUGAAAGGGUUAAAGUAUUUCACCUGCACUUUUAGAUGCAAAUCCAUUUUUAUUUCCUUAAUAGUUAUAUUCAUUUAUUUUUACAUCAUUUGUUUUCCUGACCAGUAUUUAAAGCCAAAAGGAUACUCUAAACAAUGGCCAAUGAUUUAUUUUAGAAAGCGUCCCAAGCAACGUGCCUAAACAUUACAUUGCAUACAGAAAUAAUAAAUAAUUAAAAAAAGUAUAAUGGCAUUGCCCUUACUGCUUUCUGUCUUGCAUUUUCUCAGCCAGUUUCAGUGGCAUUUGUCCUUGCAUAUUGUUUCAAACCGAUUAGUUCUCUGUAAAAGGAGGAAAAAACACUAUCUGAAGUGGAAUCGGAAAUAUUGCCUCUUUAUUUAUACCUUAUAUAUGAUGGAAUCAGUUUAAGUUGUUCCUUAUGUUCAGAUUGCUUCUAGAUCACCUGUUCUCCCUUCUCAUUCUGGAUCUGAGUGGUUGUGAGUGCUUUCCUGUGAUGUAUUCUUUGCAUCUCAAAACAUGAAUUCUGAAGACUUUAAUUUAGAUCAUGAUUGUUUACUUUGUAUGUGACAUACAGUCAUCCACAAUAAGAAACAAAUCUUGCUUA